AUGUCUUUUAUCCAUUUACAGAAUGUAGUGAGCUCCGAAGUAGAUUCGGAUGACGACCGCGUGUUAGAAAAAAACUUGAAGCGAACGAACACUAUUUCCCAGGGGACUGAUCAAGUGCCGCCUUUUCUCCAGACUGUUCUCUCUGCUUUGUCGCCAAGAUGGAGAAACUGGGUCAUUCGAGGUGUUUUCACUUGGCUUAUGAUUGGUCUAUUUUGCGUCAUCAUUUACGUGGGUCCUUUGGCUCUGAUGUUCACAACACUUUUGGUGCAAGUGUGUUGUUUCAAAGAAAUCAUCAACAUUGGAUACACUGUGUACCGUAUGCAUGGUCUUCCCUGGUUUAGGUCUCUUUCAUGGUGGUUCCUCAUUACCAGCAAUUAUUUCUUCUACGGUGAAUCCUUAGUGGCAGAUUACUUCAGUGUAAUCUUCAUUAAAAGUGACAUAAUGAGAUGGCUGAUAGCAUACCACCGCUUCACUUCCUUCACAAUGUACAUCUUAGGCUUUGUGUGGUUUGUACUUUCACUAAAGAAAAAAUACUACAUGCGCCAGUUUUCAUUGUUUGCCUGGACGCAUGUUGCUCUACUCAUUGUAGUCACCCAGAGCUACCUUAUCAUCAUCAACAUCUUCCAUGGUAUGAUCUGGUUCAUCGUUCCCGUGUCAAUGAUUGUUAUUAAUGAUGUAAUGGCGUACAUGUUUGGAUUCUUCUUUGGCAAAACCCCUCUAAUUCAGUUGAGCCCAAAGAAGACAUGGGAAGGAUUCAUUGGAGGAGGAAUCUCUACACUCUUCUUGGGGAUGAUGCUCUCCCAUUGGAUGUGCCAUUAUCCAUUCUUUGUUUGUCCAGUGGAAUAUAGUGAAGCUGAUGGGAUCUUUAAUUACUCUUGUGAUCCAUCUCCAAUCUUCAGACCACAGGAAUACAGUUUGCCAGAGACUUUAGGCAAUAUUCUAGCUUUGCUUGGUUGGAAGAAAACAAUAACUAUGUAUCCAUUUGUGCUGCAUUCUAUAGCACUUUCAGUGUUCAGUAGUGUUAUUGGACCUUUCGGAGGAUUCUUUGCAAGUGGUUUCAAGAGAGCUUUUAAAGUGAAGGACUUUGGUGAUGUGAUCCCAGGACAUGGCGGAGUUAUGGACCGCUUUGAUUGUCAAUUUUUAAUGGCAACAUUUGUAAAUGUUUACAUAAUUUCAUUUGUUUCUGAAACGUCUCCUCAGAAGCUACUGCAAAAGGUGUAUAUGUUGAAACCUGAGCAGCAACUUCAGCUGUACAAUAUGCUUCAAGACUCCCUUAUUGCUCGUGGCAUCUUGCAACCAUAAAUCAUGGUAUUUAGCAACCAUAAAUCAUUCUCAGUGUGAACCAUACCUAGUAUAGCUUUUUAUUUGUGGUAGAAAAUGUGGACCAGCUGUGUAGGUGUUUUGAAAGAAGAGCUGUUAGAUUUGAGAGGUACAGUACAGUAUAUACUAUACAAGAUUUCAUUGAACAGUCUUAAAGGCAAAGCCAGUUUCUCAUUUAGGAUUAAGGUGUCGUACAUUUGAUCUUAGUUACAACAAAGUGAAUUUGUUAUUAAAGUAUAUUGAAGUUCUAGAUUGAAGUGUUGUCGAGGUACAAAUGAUGGAAGCUGUUUAAACACCAUAUGUAACUUUUAUUUUAGUGUACAUUACUUCUUUUCGUUAGGGGAAUGAUAAAAGAAUUCCUUUUCGUUUAUAAAGUUUAUAACUAAAUGCGUACUGUGUACUACAGUGCCCUUUUAUGUAAAGUGUUGUAUCUAGUAGUUGCAGUCAUUAGGAAUGUUAUCAAAACAUUAGGUGCCUGCAACAUCCUGUUACUUUGUAGUGGAUGGUGGUGAUUGCAAAUUUCCCACUGGGGGAACCACAAGUUCCUGCCAUGUUUACUUUUGAGCUUCUAAUCAGUUUGAGAUCCUCAUUCCUAAUUUACUAGCAUGCCUAAAAAAAGGAUAUUUUUUACAGCCGUUUGAUAUUUUUAUACGGAUGAAACUUAUUUUUAUUUUAUGAACAUUGCAAAAUAUACAGUAGACAUCAAAUAAUUCAACUUUCAGACUAUCAUGCAUUAAUUUUUGAAAGGAAAGGGAAUCCAAAAAUUGCCUGUUAUUUCAAUGAGCAUUGCACAAAAGUGGUUAAAGCAUGCCAUCAUAUUAAAAAAAUUAAAAUAUCGCUUCAGUCUUUAAAACAUAUGUUUAUUGUAUAACCUUUGAUUAUGCUGAUAAUAUACAAUAGUAUAAUGAUUAAAUACUUUCCAGUUUUUGGGAAAAAUUUAUAUUGUAAACAUAUUUUCCAUUUCAUGAGACUGAAUAGGAAUGAUAUGACAACAAUUUCACCACAAAUAGUGUGGUUUAAAAUUGCCUAAAUGCACUUUGCAAAGGUCCAUCAAUCCAAGUUGUUAGGGUUAAUGUGAAACAUUGAAUGCACUUUCUUUCACUCUCAGUUUUUGCCUCACUAGUGUGCUGUAUUCUUUUCACAAGUCAUAGGAACACUGUUUGUUGCUAAUAUAGGAAAUCAGAUUGAAUGUUGUUUGGUAUGCACUGUAAGCAGAAUUAUGUAAUAGGGUUUCCUAAUAUCUCAAGGUAUUCUAAUACUCUACAUGGCAUUUAUCCAUAUGACAGUUGGUCUUGUCUUUACUUAUUGUGAUUAAUUUGCUUACUGUUCCUUUUUUGUAUGUCUGCUCUUUAUAGAAGUGAAAGAGUGGUGUGAGAUUGACAGUUUCUUUUCAGGGUACAUUUAAACUAAGUAAUAUUCAAAUCAUUUUCCUUUCUGUAUUCAGGUAAGAUUAUGAUCAUCACCUUUUUCUUUCAUGUUGCUGUAUGGAAACAAAAAACAAAACUUUCUAUGGUAAUAAACCCAAACUCUUCUUUCAAAUAAUUCAACAGCAUCCCUUCCCCAUUUCAUAGAUAAUUAUUAAAUUUAUAUUUAUUUUACAAUACUACUUUAUGAGACAAAGUAUGUUGUCAAGUUUGAGAGAAUAAUUAUUUGUCACUUGUAUGUAUUUUCUAUAUUUAUGAUUUUAAUUCUUAUUGUAGCACACUUUAGAGGCAACUUUCGUCAUUAAUUUUAUGUUUAGAAGCUGUAAAUUUUAUACAAAUUUUACUUACACAUAUUAUGUCUUGUACAUAUAUUUUGUCAUGACUGCGCUAGGUAAACUGACAAUGCUUUCUGAACUGACUAGUUAUGCCUUUGUUCAUGGAGUAAUGCUGAAGCAGUUCCUUAAUACUUGGUGGAGACAUAUGACAGGGUUGAUUAUUUGCCAUACUUUAUUGGACAAUUUUUCAAAUUGCAUCGUAAUUGAUCCUUGUACUGUACUUCAAGCUGCAAGAGGUACAAAUAUUUAACAGAAUUUUAGGUGCCAUUUCCCAAUCCACUAAAAAUCUUUGAUUUUUUUAUUGCUGUACAUUAUUUUGAUCUAAUAAAUAUGAAAGACAUUCCAACAUGUGAUCAGGAAGUAUUGUAACCUUGUAAUCCAAGACCAUUACAAUACUUUAUAUGUAUAGUAUGAAAAUUUGUUUGACAAAGCUGUCAGUAAUGCUUAGCAAUGAUCCUAGUAAGCUUCCUGAAAGCUACAGAUUUUUAAUACUCCUUUUGACAUGUCAAAAAUUUACUUAUCAUAUGAUACCUGAGAGUACUGGUAAUCUUGGUCACUAGUAACAGUUGUAUUACUGUUAGGUAUAUUUUUUCGUGUAUUCUUCCCCUAUAGUCAUUUGUAUUCUUCCCUUGUAGUAGUUUACAUAAUUACUUGUAAGAUGUUUGGAAAUUGUUUUAAAUAGUGAGAAAUUUUAUGCACCAUUUACAUUCCUUCAGUCUUACAUUCAGUUUUUUACUUGUAAUUUUAUAUCCUUAUUUGGCAUCUCUAUUACCUGGAAGGCAUUGUUCUUGAGAGUAUUUUUUUUGUUACUAUUAAAACGUAAAAUGAUAUUUUCUUCAUGUAAUACUAGUUUCACCUAGCUAUAUUUGUUCUAUGAUUGUAUGUUUCAUAAUUUAUUUGUUUUUGCACUUUUUCAAAUUAGUUGUCCCUAAGCAUGGUUCUGUUAUUUUAUAGCACUGAGAUUGGUAAGUGCAUUUGGUAGUCCUUACAUAUCUACAUCUUUAUUGCUGUCUUAUAUGCUUGAUUCCAUAUUUCUUGAAGUUGCAUACCUCUCCUUAUUUUAUACUCAUAAUCCAGUAUCUUUGUAUUUUGCCCUGGAAGCAUGUUUUAAGUUGCCCAAGGAUUUAUCUGAGGUUUUAUGAAACGUUUACCUAAAAGGCUAUAUUUUAUUUUAAUGCAAUCUAGCUGGAUUUUUAUGUCUCGCUUAACUGAUAUGUCCUCAGAGAAUUUAUCCAUAUUGAGAGGGAAAAUAAAUUAUAUUUAAGGUAAAUUUAAGUGAUAAAACAAUGUUUUCCAUUUUCUGGAGGAGUGGUUCCUAGCACAAGGAGUGUAUUAAUUUUUAAUGGUACUGACAUACUAUUCCCACAGAAGUCAUUAUUACUCAACAUUUCAUUAAAUGAGCAAGAUUCAGUACUUUCAUGGAUUUAAUCUAAUGAAAGUAUAUCACUAAAAUUAAUGCAUGCAUGUAAUCAGACACAAAUCAAUUCCAAAGUCUUUCUGUACCCUCCCCAGUUUUAACUAAAUUUUGAACUGUUAAAGGGAAAGAUACAGAAUUGAUUUGGGGGGGGGGGGGGGGAAAUUUUUUUUUUUUUUUUUUUAUAGUCCUUUACUGGAAAAAGAAACAUAAAAAAGUUUAUAAAGAUCAUUAAACAUAAACAAGACACAGACAUAAUCAUUACAUAUAAUAUAGAUAGAUUAUUAAUACAUAUACCAUGUAGCUGGAAUGGGUGUAAAAAGCUGUACUAGUCAACGCAGUUUUAUAAGUAGCUUGCAAAAGAAUAUGCCACUUAAAAGUUUAAUUUAAAUGCACACCACUUAGUUACAGAGAAAGUGAUUUUAAGAUGUAGAUUAAUGAAGUUUAUAUGAAAAUCUGGCUUACACAUUUACUCUUGAUGCACUAAACAUCUGAUUACCUUUUUCAAGAGGUAGGGCUUUCAGGGAGGCAGAGGUAAUUUUGGUAUGGCUGCCAGAGGGCACUAACAUACGUAUGGUAUGUUGUCAUAGUUGGUAUUGCUUUGUUUCUAUGGUCUCUUUUCAUGAUGGUAGGUAAUAAUUCAAUAUCUCUCACAAAUUAAUUCGCAGUUUUUAAUUUGCAAUGCAUAAUGCCUCAAGAGGCUUUUUUUUGGGGGGGUUGGGGAGGGGACAGACCUUGAAAGAUGGUUUGUUGUCAUACCUUUGUAAGUCUGAGGGUAUCUCUGGGCUGGGCACUGCAACUAAAAAGGUCCCAUCUCUACCAUGUGUCAGGAACACGUUUUUGUUCUGGAAAGGUUCUGAUGUUCUUUAAUUUUUCAUGAUGGAUGGUCUAGGUUAUUUUAUUGCAUUGCAAGGUGGUUGCGACACCUUGAUUUUACAAAAGGCAACAUCACCCUGGCAAUUUGCAAUGUACUGUUCCCUUAAACUUUAUAAGUUUUGUUUUAGUGCCACAUUCAUUUUCUUUUAUGCCAUAUACUGCUUAUGACACGUACUUUUUUUUUUCUUAGAAAAACUGGUGUUCAUGAGGAUCUGAAAUAAUUCUCUAUACAAAAAAUUGGAUGUAGGCACACUCUUGCAGUCUGGGUUUUUCUAUAAGGGUGCCAUUAAAAAAGGUUGUUUCUAAACUAUAAUACUGUGACAUUAACUGGUAUGUCUUGUUAUUAUUUGAUUCUCAUUUAGUUAUUUGUGUUGUGUAACGUUGCUUUAAUUUGUUUAUUUUUAUUUUCACAAUCUUCCAAAAUUGUAUAGUUCAAUUAACAGUAUUGGAGUCAGAAAUAUUCCUUUUUUAUUUGCAGUUUAUUUUUGAAAAUCUGCUCCAUCCAACUACUGAUGAGUUUCUUGUAAAUUAAUACCUAUCAUUUUUGGUAAGGUAACUUUCCUUUUUAUGUAAGGAACAGUGUGACUAACUUCUCAGCCUAGUUUAGAAAAAAUUUUUGGUCCGGGGGUUAAAUUUUCAUCUAGAGUUUCUUUCCAGUUUAUAUGAAUUAAUUCAUUUUGUAUGAAACUGUUCUUUUAUUACAUUACUAUUUAAAAUAAAAGGGGCCUCAAGCGUAAAGAAGUCAUUUCAUUGGAAUUGGCACAUAUUGUAGACAGGAUUUCAUCUGACAAACAUUGCCCCAUUUAAGUUCUUAUCAUUCCAUUCCAUUCCAUCAUAUUUGCAUACUUUGAGUAUAUCAGUCACUGAAUGUAUGAUGCCUUAUUUUACCUAUCAGAAUAAGAACUUAAUUUUUCUUAUUUUGGUGAUUUUACUCCAAUUCACUUUAAUUUUCAGUCGUGAUUAAUAUAUACAAACAAUUUCUACGCAAAUCUUCAAUUACUGUAUGCACUGUUGCAGCAGCUAAUGUCAAAAAAUCUGUGGGUCAGUUCCUUUCUUUUCCCAAAGGAAACAAAAUAUUUCUAAUACUUAUAAUUCAAAAGGAAGCAGAUACUACAUGACAAUAGUUAGUAUGGCUCAGUACCCAAGUUUAACUUUUCUUCUUUCAUAUUUCAAUAAAAUAUAGGCUUCUACAAGUAUGUCAUGUAUUCUGGUCAUAAAGAGGACAUAUUUCUUUUGAACACAUAAUGAAUAUUAAUGUUCUUAAACUUGCCACUGACAUUUGAUUCCCACAAAGCACAUUUACUUUAGCCUUCCUGUUUUACUUAAUUUUUUAAAAUCCCAUUUGGCCAUUAGUGUUUCGCCCAUUCUGAUUUCUCAUCUUUUGAAUAGAGUGUAUUGAAGCAAACAGACCAUUGAAACUUCAUGUAUUAAGCAUUUACAGCACCUUGUCACAUAUUUAGCCUUUCACAGGAGGAUGAUAUGGAUAUUUUUCUUUCCAAUGACUAUUCUAUAAAAAUAGUAUUUUAUUUUUUUAUGGAAAUAGAAUGAAGGACUUGAUAUCACAUGCUGACAGUUGUAAGCCUUAGUAGUGGCAAAGUAAAUGUGCAACAAAUUUAUAUCCUGUACUCAGAAUAUGGAUUUAUGAAAUUUCAAAUUUACUUUAGGUGCUUGUUACAUGAUUACUGUAUUGCACAAGGAAAUGUGUCUUUGACAAAAGCUUAGGAGAUUACCAAGCCAUUUCACUGAUUGUGCAUAUAAUACAGUACCUCCAGUGUCAAUUGUGAUUUUAGAGUGGCAGAAUUCACUUGAAACAUUCCAGGAAGAUUUAGCCUUGAGACAUAACAUACUUUUUCCAUUUAAUGUGGCUGCAUUGUUAACUCUCCUGCCAUGUUACUAGGUAUUUUACGGAGUGCCAAUAAGGGGAUUUUUCCUGGUUUAUCCUACUAGCCAUAUUUUAUCUGGUAAUGAUUUUAUCAAAAUCAGUAUCCUCGACAGUGUUGCCUUCGGAAAGUGAAACCUGAAUGUAUUGAGUAUUAUGUUUUGUGUCUCUUUAGCUGUGUACUACAGCCUUAAUAUAUUGUAAACCACAGAAUUAAACAGUUAACUCAUGAAUGUAUAAUGGGCAACUGCAAAAGUUUCUAACUGUCACAUUUCACUAGUAAAUUUAUUAGAAGAAAAGCUGAAAAUUAGGCAGUACCUAGCUACUAAUGCAAUGUCUAAACAGCCCCCAAAUUUAACCCGAAAAAUAAUAUAUAUUUUGUCACUUUAUCUUUUCAUAAAUAUUACUGAAAUCUUCCAUAUGUAUAACCAGAAGAGUCAUUACCAUCAUAUCUAUUUUUAGAAAAGAACUUACUUUACCAUAUAAUUGUAGUCUUUAGCUUGCUGCAGCUGAAUAGCCCUAAUGCCCUGACCAAGCCAAUAUAUUAGGUUUGUGAUGCUGGUUCUCCAACAACUCGAAAUUGCAUGAAUAGAAAAUUAGCUCCGGCAAUCUGCUUGGUCAGGAUGGCUAGCAAAGGCAAGAGACCAAAUGUAUGGUCUGUGACCAUCUUAAUUAGCUGCUAUUUUUUUUUUUAUUUACCAGCACACAAACAACUCUUGGCACCUAACUUGAGGGAGAAGUACCAAAAUCACAGGUCAAAUAAGUGUAUUUUGUUUAGAGAACUCUUAACUUCUUUUCUUUUCAAGAUUAAAUUUUGAUGAGUACACCAAAAUACCCAUUGUCUAGAUAUAUAUGUUGUGUUCUGGAUGGAUAUUAUGAGAAAAUAAAUUAUUUUCGGGGAUUUUGUAUCCUUUCACAGUUACUAGAAUUUCAUCAACAGAAAUUGAGAUGAUUUAAAUUCUGUAUUGACAUGGUCGCAAAACUCCAUCCAUAAUCUUUAGAGAAGUUAAGAUCAAAGUUUGUUUUGUAGUUGCUCUUUACUGUAUCCUACAUCUGAUAAUGUUAUAAAACCUGUUCAAUAGAUUUCUUCUGUAUUUUUAAAAAAAGGCCUAUUGAUUGACACUAAUAACCAUGCAUACAUAAUCUGAAUGUUUCCCUCUGAUGGCCAACAAGUUGCCAUUUAUUGUCUUUAUUUUAAUGCUUUCUUUGUUUGAAUAUUUGAAAUAUUAAAUGUAAACAGUCUGUCAAUAUUGCAUCAAUGGUAAUGUUUGAAUUUGCUUUUUUAUUUCAUUUUAGCAUAGUGACAAAGUUACUUUUUUCUUUUCUUGUCUCUCCUUGAAGUUUAUGUGACUCAGAUUUUAAGUAGAAAAGUUAAUAUUUUGUUAUAUCUCAAUAUGUGCAAUUUCUUAAAACUGUAGAAACACAUCCGACUUUGUUUUUACAGCAUUAACAAAAUAAAUGCUAAGGAAAUCAGGACUGUAGACAUUCCUUGGUAUUUUGGGGACAAUUAUAAAUUCCCCAAAUAACACAUUUGUGAUUCUUCAUUUUGGUAACUUGACAUGCUCUCUCUUAUAAUUACCUUGAGAUUACAUUAUCAAAAUAUUUGUACAACAUCGACAAAAUUAUGCUUUACAAAUUCCCAAAUAAUUAUUACAAAAGCAAUGGUAAGAGUUAAGAGACAAACAGCUACUAUGUGAAAUUUGGGCAUUUUCAGUUUUCUUUAGCAUUUAUUAAUUAAUCUUAAGUGUUAAUAGAAUAGCAUACUAGAUAGAACUUAUAUGUUGAAUGUUGUAAAUUUUAUGGCCUGACCUUGCAAAAACCCUUGUUGCCAAAACUUAGCCUAUUCUAUUUAGAGAUGGUACUACUGUAAAUGGUUCAACUUAUAUGUGUACCUUUCUUCAUAUUGUGUAGCUGUGUUACACAUAGGGCAGCCCUGUCCUCUUCAAAUGUAAAUACUAUAGACUGUAGCUUGUUUGACUUUUGCAGAUAAAUUGAAUUCUGCCAGCUCCCUCCUCUCAAUAUGUAUAAAUUUAGUGUGGCAAAGUGGUUAAUGCAGUACAGUAUAUUGUUACUCAUUUAACAGUUUUAUCGUUUUGUUGACUUCUUGUAAUAUGUGAAACUCCUUUAAAAACUUCUCACAAAGACUAAGCAUACACAAGUAAUGUUAACACCAAUUGGGUUUCUUCUCUUGGCCUGUAGGCCCUUCAUUGAAAAGCUAGAUUAGACAAUGAUUCAGUGGUAUGUAAAACUACUGUACUUGUAAUAAUACUGAAAGGUUAAUUCUGCAGUGAAAGUACACAAUACAUAAACAUCGAUUUCCAAUGUUUUUGGAGAAAAAUUCUUUAAAUAAGCAUCAGAAUCUUUUCAUAUUUUCAGUUUCAUUCUGUCCAAUUAUGAAGAUUUUAUAAAGCUAUAAUUCAUUAGAUAAAAUACGAAAGAUUAUUCUACUUUAUCACAAGAGAGAAAACUCACUGGUCAAGCCCUGUGUAAAAUUUUUACUUGGACGUAGUCUGGUUAAAAAAAAAUUUUAUAUAUACGUACUUAGGUUAUGCAAAUUUGAAGAAUAUUCAAGUACACACCACAACAUAAAUUGGUUUACCCGAUAUCUACAGGGCUAGAAUGAUGCCUUCUGGAAAAACAUUUUAAUUGUGUAAGGUGUGAAAUACAGUACCAUAAUUAGUAUAUACUGAAAAACUACAUGCUCAAUAGCUUCCCUCAUUAUAUUACAUUAUUAUCAUCUGCGCUUUGGUUCAUCUUGACUACAGGCUUCCUUAAAUUGAAAAAGUAUCACCCCUUGUUUGCUUGGUUGAAACAGUAUCAGAAUACAUUUAAACAUCGAAUAUGGUAAUAGUAACUUUUUUUUCUCAAUCUUUUAGUAUAUCAAGUCCUCAGAGCCAAAAGGGUGGGACCUUUUUCCAAUUUUUACAAUAAAACCUAUAUCCAAACCUAUAAACUGAGGCCUUUACAAUUUUAGAAGCAUUUAAAGUAUUUUGUUAGUCCAAUCAUCAGUUGAAGGCAAAUAAAUUUUUUGGUCUUUAUGUUUCUCAAGAUCACAUUUAGAUUAAGAACAUAACAUUUCAGGAUUCUUAUUUAACUAAGUUUGUUUAAUGAAAUGUUAUGUAACAUACAAAAGCUUAAAGCAACAUUUUAUUGUAACCUGGCGACUUGAAGAAAAUGAAACGAACUAUAACAAUUAUUAUAAAUAAACAUGGCCACUCCAACCAGGUUGUGUUACUUGGGGAAGCACAAGUUAUUGUUAUUUGGGCCAGCAAAAUGUUGCUGAGGAAACCUAUACGUAAUUCAAGUCUGAGAAAUUUUUACUGUACCACCCUUCCAGAAGGUUCAGUGCAAUCAUUCGGUGAAAUUAGUUGACAAUUUUGUACAAAAGAAAUCCUUGAUCUACUGAUCUGUUCAAUAAUAAAACAUGAAUAACUACACAAACCAGACUGACCUGAUAACCAGUUGAUCUUCAAGCUCACAGAUCACAGAAAGGCUUCAACUUAUUUAGCCAUUGACAUUAUGAGUUCCAAUGUAUGCUAAAAAAAUUUUAUACAUAACUUUGUCAUGCAUAUUCAUAAGCAGUGCAUGAAGGAUUUGCACAUAACAUCAAAUGUAGUAGUACUGGUACCUAAUAUUUGCCACUGUUAUAAAGAUGGUAAACACCAGUGAAACCACAAAGAAGUGUUGAUAAAGUUUAUAUGUUAUUUGUUGUAUUUUAGAGCAUUUUGGAUAUUGUACUUAGUGUUAAAAACGUUUCAUUACAUGUAGUCCUCAAAUAUCAACCGAAAUACUAUAACAAAAAACUGUGGUACUAGUUGACUUUAUUUAUUACUUUUAUAAGUGAAGAUUUGUGUACAUGUAAUUAAUUUAUUGUUUUCUCUACAGAACAUAUGAGAUGAAUGACUAAAAAUAUGGUCUGUUAGUAGAUUUGUGAAUGAUUUAUUAGAUGAAAUUUAUUAUACGUAUCAUGCAAUAGUGAUGAAAUUUCAGUAGCAUUUACGAAAAUUUGUAUGGUACCCAUGUUUCAAAUCAUUAUGUGAAAUAGUAGUUACUGAGAUGUGCUAGUUUUCCUACCUGUUGUAGAACCAUUAAGAUAUAUUUAUUUUGUUGUAUAUAAUACCCUUAUGGUCAAUAAAGUACUGAAACAUU